AGUCACGUACUACUAUUACUACCUUAUAUGGUAAUAUGCAUAUGUAUUCUAUAUAAAUCCGAGCUUGUCCAAACUCACUCAAUAGGACGGUAUCACAGUGGACCGUCACAAUGAAAGCAACGACGUUAGCCGUUAUCCUGAUCAUUCUUGGAGUGUUCGUUUUGCAAGAUGUCGAAGCAGGUUUUGGUUGCCCAUAUAACCUGUACAAGUGUAUGAUGCACUGUAAGAGAAUAGGAUGUUUCUCAGGCUAUUGUGACAUUAUGACUUUUGAUCGGAGGUGCAAAUGUACCGGCUGUAGACAUUUAGAUGACAUGGAAGUCAUGACAGAUGAAUAAGCAGUUCAUGUUUGUUUCUAUAAACUGUAAAUUUCCAUAAAAGACAAUAAAUUUCAAUAAAUUCAAUGACAUGA